CUUCUGCUCCCGCACAACACACUUAACAUGGAGUCGGAAGAGCGGCCUGCGAAGAUGCGCAAGUUGGAGCAUUCUGUGGAGGAUGAGCAUGCUGACAUUGCGGAUGCUGGCCUACUGGACGGGCUGGAAAGUGCGGAAAACACCGAAACUCCAGAUCAAGCAGCGGACGGCGAGGACGCUGCACCAAAGCUGUCAAAGAACCAAUUGAAAAAGCAAAAGCGCCUCGAGCGCUGGGAAGCUGGCCGCGAGGACCGUAAAAUCAAACGCAAAGAGAAAACGAAAGCGAAGAAAGAGCGAAAACGCGAAGCAUGGCAAGAGAGUCGAGCCAACGGCGAGGAGCCUCAAACUCUCCAAACAAAGGCUCCACGACGAGGAGAACCUCCAGGGACCCAAGUGCCAAUUAGUGUCAUCUUCGACUGCGACUUUGAGGACCUGAUGUUCGAUAAUGAACUAAAGAGCCUGGGACUGCAAAUCACGAGGUGCUAUUCUGAUAACCGCAAAGCGCCGUUUCGAUGCCAUCUUGCCGUGUCAUCCUUUGGAGGAAAGCUGAAGGAGCGAUUUGAUGGGAUUUUGGCGAAGCAGUAUACAUCUUGGAAAGGGUUUAGGUUCUUCGAGGAGGAUUUUGUGCAUGCGGCUGACCAGGCGAAGGAGUGGAUGAAGGGUGGAAUUGUUGCUGGUGCUCUCAAAACAGGAGAGGACGUGAAUGGAGAGCAAGAGACCGACCACCAAAACGCAGAAGAGGAGGGCGAAGUCGUCUAUCUAUCGGCCGAAAGCGACGUCACUCUCGAGCGGCUCAAACCCAACAGCACGUACAUCAUCGGCGGUCUCGUCGACAAGAACCGCCACAAAGGCCUCUGCUACAAACGAGCCAUGAACCGGGGUGUCAAGACGGCGAAACUACCCAUUGGCGAGUUCUUGCAGAUGAAGAGCCGGCAGGUGUUAGUUACGAACCAUGUUCUGGAGAUCAUGCUCAAGUGGUUAGAGUUUGGUGACUGGGGCAAGGCGUUUAUGGGGGUCAUUCCUAAGCGGAAAGGGGGUGUAUUGAAGAGCGAGGCGCAAGACGGGGAUGAGGAGGAGGAAGAGACACCGGGGCGUGAUGUGGAGGAAUUCUCUACUCUUGAGGAAGUCGACCAGCCCCUAAACCACGGGCAUGAGUACGUCGCGGGGGACGAAGCCCGCCCUACGCAUACAGGGUGAAACAAGGGGCUGAAGGAGUCAUGACCUGUAUUGCCUGCGUGGAACUUCGCAGAAUCAGAUAAAAAAAGAAAGUUCGCGAGGUUUCCUAGACAUUGUGUUUACA